UCCAGAAGCCAUUUUGGACUCAGUUCAACUGCUUGCAUGAGAAUCCCGGACUGUGUCCUCGGCCAGCUGCAAGCAUACUGUCGUAAAGAUUACGCGCGACGCUGGGAGCGAGACGUUACAUGCUUGUUGUUAGACGUCAGAUUUAUUUGACCUCGCUGGUUUUAUGCCCGGGACUAAAUCAAUCAUUCUCCAAUGGAUUUGUUUAUAUGUUAAACUUAUUUUUAGCAGGGGCAAUUGUGUAGCAUUAGAGAGCUAAACACACAAAAGCAACUCUCGUGGACAUUGUAGGGCCUCGGUGCUUCUCGGCUCGCGUGUGUGUUGUGCGGAUCAUAAUUUUAAAUGUUUUCAAAGGAAAAGAGACUGAAACGGAGAAAAUCUGGUGUGUUUCUUUUUAAAUAAAGGAAUAUGUUUGCUUCUUGGCUGACUUCUGCUCUUCUUCUGGGAACUUUGUGUGCAGGAUGGAGCGGGGCGGAGCGGGACACGCGCGAGUGUCUGUACUACAACCACAACUACCAGGUGGAGAGGACCAACCUCAGUGGCGUGGAGAGCUGCGAGGGGGACCAGGAAAAGCGCUCGCACUGCUACGCCUCCUGGAGGAACAGCUCUGGAACCAUCGAGCUGGUGAAGAAAGGCUGCUGGCUAGAUGACUUCAACUGCUAUGACAGGCAGGAGUGUGUGGCGACAGAAGAAAAUCCCCAGGUGUUCUUCUGUUGCUGUGAGGGCAACCUGUGCAACAAGCACUUCACACACCUGCCUGACAUGAACGGACCAAGUAAGGUGAUCAAGGCCCCGGCACCCAGCGACCACUUGUACAGCGUGCUGGGGUACUCCCUCCUUCCCAUCACCCUGCUGUCCCUGGCCCUGCUGCUGGCCCUCUGGAUGUACCGCCACCGCAAGCCUCCCUACGGCCAUGUCGACGUCAAUGAGGACAAUGGCCUCCCUCCCCCCUCGCCCCUGAUGGGACUCAAGCCGCUGCAGUUGUUGGAGAUCAAAGCUAGGGGGCGAUUCGGCUGUGUGUGGAAGGCCCAAAUGAUGAAUGAAUACGUGGCUGUGAAGAUCUUCCCGAUCCAGGACAAGCAGUCAUGGAGUAACGAGCGUGAUGUGUUCUCCACGCCGGGAAUGAAGCAUGACAACCUGCUGCGCUACAUUGGUGCGGAGAAACGAGGAACCAACCUAGAGAUGGAACUGUGGCUCAUCACUGAGUUCCAUGAGAGGGGUUCCCUAACAGACUAUCUGAAGGGGAACGUGUUGAGCUGGCCUGAACUGUGCCACAUAGCAGAGACCAUGGCAUGCGGCCUGGCUUACCUCCAUGAAGACGUCCCUCAUUGCAAAGGGGAAGGGCCCAAACCAGCCAUCGCCCACAGGGACUUUAAGAGUAAGAAUGUGAUGCUGAGGACAGACCUAUCAGCCAUCAUUGGAGAUUUUGGUCUGGCGGUACGGUUUGAACCAGGCAAGCCUCCAGGAGACACACACGGCCAGGUGGGGACCCGUCGCUACAUGGCUCCCGAGGUUCUUGAAGGAGCCAUCAACUUCCAGAGGGACGCCUUCCUGAGGAUAGACAUGUACGCACUGGGCCUGGUGCUCUGGGAGCUUGUGUCACGCUGUAAAGCUGCCGACGGUCCUGUGGAUGAGUACAUGUUGCCAUUCGAGGAGGAUAUUGGGCAGCACCCGUCCUUGGAAGAGCUUCAGGAGAUUGUGGUUCACAAGAAGAUGAGGCCUGCCUUCAAAGACUGCUGGCUCAAACACCCUGGCUUGGAGCAGAUGUGUGAGACCGUCGAGGAGUGCUGGGAUCACGACGCCGAGGCCCGUCUCUCUGCAGGCUGUGUGGAGGAGCGCAUCUGUCAGAUCCGCCGUCUGGCUGGGCCCCCUACCUCAGACUGCUUGGUCUCCAUGUUGACCUCCGUCACCAACGUGGACUUGCCCCCCAAAGAGUCCAGUAUCUGAGCCCUAGGGAAGGGGCGUCCCACACCAUGUUCUCGCCCCCCCCCCCCCUCCUCUUCAGGACCGCCACACACAAGUGAAACAAACGUGCCCUCCUGUCAAUCUCAGAAAACGCCACAUGGAUACAGCUGCUAUUUUUACCUGACAUGUAUUUUAAUUUUAUUUGUAUUAUUAUUAUUAUUGGUUCGGUUAAUACUUUCUCUUAAUACUUUUUUUCUCCAAAUCGGAUCAAGACUACCAGCACAUUUCUGGACUUCUUCUACUGUUUUAUACAAUGACGAGAGGACGUACUACAAAUUAAAACAGACAGGUAGAAGGGCAGCUGACGUCUGUGUGUAUGAGUUCUCAGGUUCAGACUGCUGACUGGUCCAGGACCUCUCACAGUCUCUUGUCUUCUGGGCCACAAGACCUCCGCCCAGACAAGCCCGCUAGCAACCCUACCCCAGACCUGCAGCCUCUCCGUCAAUCUCAGCCACUAUGCUGCAACCCUGCAGAGGAACCCUUAGACUGUUACACACAACCAAGCUUCCUCAAAGGACAUUUUAACGUUUCUAUGACGUCACUUCCGUCUCCCACAGUGCUACUGACCAUCGGACCAACGGGUGUCUUCAAACACAGGAAACAGGAAACGCAACACCACUAUGUUUGGACGGGUUCUUUUGAUGCGUGGAUGCACGGGGACAAGUGGAAAUUGUUCUGGAUCAGAGGGUUGGGGGCAAAUGUUACAGCUGGUUUCUUCAGGAUGUUUGUAACAAGGAAUUGACACAGGGGAAAAGGAACUACGUCAAGAUCUGUGAUGUUAUUGCCUGGUUUGGUACGAAACUGAUUCUCAGGUAACCAGGGUGGAGACACCUCCACAAUGAUUGGUGAUCUGGACUAUGAUGGGAGGAACUAUGACAUACCACAGAGCUGACUGGGGAAGUAUUCAAAUGUGGGAAGGCCCCAAACAUGUAGAACCAGGAAACAUACAGGUGGAUGUUGCCAUGGAGAUGCAUACUACGUAUUUCAGGUGUGUGUGUGUGUGUGUGAGAGAGUAGGCGGUGGGGGACGAGCUCAGUAUAUUUCUUGUGAUUCAUGUUGUCAGUUGUGCUCCUUAUUUAAGGGGGUGUUUCCAAGGUAGUGUGGGCUUACCCUCUGUCGUGAGGGAAUGUGAUUGGUUUAGAGGUGAGGUGGGAGGGUGGGUCAGGUGAACUGGUGACUUUUGAUUGGUUAGUCCCAUCCUUCUUUACCUCUCCUCAACUGGACCAAACGAGCACCCAGAGCAGGUCCUGGUUGACUCAAUUAAAUCAACCCUGGUUGAUUUAAUUGAGAGUGAGAAGGGGUUCUCCCUCCUGUUGUCUUAAACUGUGGAAACGCAGGUCUGUAUUUCUGUAUGCCAUAGUGUAACAGUGAAUGUUCAAUAUGCUGCUGCUUCGACUCAAAGAUGAAGAUAAUUCUGUAUGUUCCUUUAAUACACUGCGUUCACACAUGCAACUCAGUAAAGGAAGCAAUGUGUGGACUCGAGUGUUUGCAAGGGUGAGAAGAGACACCCUCUCCAAAGGUGAGAGAGAAAAGUGUCAACACGUCAAGAACUUGGACAAGACAACGCAAACACUAAAUUAAAAACAAACAAUAUUGUUCAUCAACCUCAGAACACCUCAGACCAGAGAUACCUCAGACUAUUUUCUGUGUACUUCUGUAAUGUAUUCCGUAAGUUGUGUUAACUUGUAGUAACUAUUUUAACGUGAUUUUUUUCUUGCUUUUAUGAUGAAUUGAUUGGUGAGGGAGUUUUUGGAAAAAGUAACAAAAUCCCAACUCCUUAGAAGAAGUGCUACCAUGUUUCCUGCGGUGUGAAGGGGUUUCUUUUGUAAAUAGAUAUACAUAUAGGAUCCUGUCUGUCCAGUCCUUGCGCAUUACACAUACUCUUGUGUGCUGGUUUCCUUUCCUCCUGGGACAGUCAGCCUGCAUAGACUACCCUUUCCCUUCCAGCAUACACUGAAGCCGUCAUAGAGCCCGAGUCCUGGUAGACAAUGAAAGAAAAGAGAUAAACCAAUAAGUUAUCAAAACAAAAGCCAAGAGACAUCAGCUGAACCAUUUACUUUUCUUUAUAUAAAAAACUCCAACAUGCCUUUGAAAGUGUUUUAACAACUUAAAACAGAAAGUUAUCUUUUUUUUUCUAUGGAGAGGAAGAACAGGAUUUUUUUUUGUGUAUGUCCCCGGAGGGGACUCACAGCAACUGACAGCAACUGACAGAGGCAGCAGAGCCAUGGCUUCAGCUUUAUAAACACCAGUAAAUACACCGCUCCUUUCUAGCAACACCAGGAAAUACAUUGCUGAUUUUACAUGUUCAGUGGUGCCAUAAAUACCAUCUUGAUGUUCAGGUAUUGUCUCUCCAUGCAGUAACCCUUAAGUGUAUGUGUGCAUGCAUUGAGAGACUCAGAGUCUCUUGCUCUGUCACCAUGAACUCAGUGUCCCUGGCCAGGUCCAGAUAACUGAGGUCUGUCCAGACCAGCAAGUCACUCUAGUAGUGGAGGUUUGGAUCCUGUUGGAUCCUGCUGUUGGAGACAAGCUGAAUGCCACAGAUAGAUCAGACCUGUGUCUUCUUGGUCUAAGUUGUUUGAGGUAGUGUUCCAUGUGGGUCCAUCAAAAAUCACUGACUUGACUUAAAUCCUGCCAGUGGGCCAAGAAGGUGGGUUCUGCUCUCCAUGUCUCUGUGCAGUCAUCACCCAUCUUGCCUGCCACUGGCUGGGAUGCAGAAUUAAACCCUUUUUUAGUAGUCAAUCAGGGUGUGUUUGUGUUAAACGGUCAGGUUAGUGUUUUUAUCUUUUCAGGGAACACAUGUAUGGUUUACAGUAACAGGAUUUAUCUAAUUAACAGUUAGAAUUAAUUCAUUCAUGUAGCAAGCAAUAUGUUAAGCAAUACCUAGCUGUGUUCUUUCUACUCCUGACCCCACUGUACUAGACAUCUAGUAACCAGCAACCAAAACAUGGCCUGUCUCCUGGCAAACUGGUGCUCCUGCCAGUAGCUGGAAUGUGAUGUUGCCAGUAUGCUGUAGCUCUGCAUAGGGUUGCUUAGUAACUGGCAGAAUGAAUAGAUGCUCUCUUGCCACAUAACCAUGUAGCCAAAUGACUUGCAUCAAAACUCUGCAACAGACCUAAGUCUGGUAUUGUCUGUCUGGUGAGUGAGUGGUGUAUCACCCUCUCUUUGAUUGGAUAAGCUGUGGGUAGGUGUUAGCUGGAUGAACACUAGGUAGAUGUUGAUUGGAUAACACCUGGGUAGGUGUUGAUUGGAUGAACCAUGGGUAGAUGUUGAUCGGCCAAAACUGACACUGGAUCAUGAUGACGCUCAGGGUGAUCUAGCUCCGGUGACAUUGUUUCCGAGAAUGUUACCAGUAUCAUCAGCAUCAAAACACUCUCUAACCAUUGAAUGAUUGUGUUCUCAUGUGCCUUUCUUUUGGUCCUCUUCAUUGUCAUCUUCGUCAUCAUUGUGGUUGUUCUGAGCUGAACCAUGGCUGCGUGCUUCAUUGGUCUCUGCGCUUCUGUUAGCAGCGGACUGAUAAACAUGAUUAACAUUGCAUGAUGUGAACACAGAGUUGUUAGCCGUCUCCUGAUUCAGGUACUUAAUGAAGUGUUUACCUCUGAGCCACUGUGGAACAGUGUUGUAAAAAAAAAAAAGCAGAACAGUCAGAGACGGUACUAUAUUUCUUGUACUUUAUUGUCAUAGCAACGGGACCUCACGCUGUUCUCAUGAAUGAUGCACCGCUUGACAAUGUGAAAACUUCCUCCUUUCACCUUCUCUCAAUCCUCCUUUUUCUUCUUUUAGUUUGAAGUUUAGUGGUGGAAAGGUAACUUUUGGGGGAUGGAGACAGGAAAUCACUGCCAGUGCUUCUUCUGUCACUUCCUGUGUGUGUGUCACAUGGUCUCCUGCACCAGUAUACCCGACUCAGGCCAGACUCACUCCUGGCAUUAUAACCUAAUCUGUGAGUAAGACCAUCUAGUCACAGACUAAACCCUCAGACAGGCAGAGAAGAGGCAUGGUCACACAUGUUUGAGAUAUCUUUCCUUCUUUAUUAGUCAGAGAGGCAGAUUCAUCGGAGUUGCUCCUCAACACUGGUAAGCUCUGGUUGAACAUCACAGUUUCGCCAUCUGCGCCACUUCACUAUCACUCUUGGUCUCUGCCAUCUUUGUGUCUCCCUAGUGUCUCUCUCUCAUCUUUCUAUGUGUACUGCUCUUUCCAAGUCUCAGCUUUUCAGAGAGAUGGUCUGAUGGUCUGUUCUAGUUGUAAAUGUAUAAUUAUGUGCUGGACUGACCAAAUUACCUCGUACCUUGUUGUGGUCCAAUGUUAAGGACCGUAUCAAUCAGCCGAGCCCUGAUCUAGUAUUAAAACUUCUCCUUACGGAGAUAUUCAUUUAUUCAGAAAGCCAAGCGCUACCUGCUAAUGCUAACCCAACUUCUCUUUCUAUCCCUGCCCCUAGUUUGGCAGUGUAACCCUGAUCCAUACCAUGCUCUGUUACUAUAUCAAUAAUGAAUGUUUAGUUGAGUUUUCUUAUCUUCUCUGAAGACCCGUCAGCCCCUACAUUGACAAACCAAACAGUGAACACACACACUAAAAGUACUGAUUGAGUCUUUUUUCUUCAAAACCCUCCCAGCGGAGACCAGAUUGUGCUACUGGGUCUCAGCUGGCUUCUGUCCUCUCAAGGGGUUUUAUCACCAGAAUAAGUAGGGUUGCGAGAUGUAAUUGUUGUAUGAGAUGUUUCACUAUUGUAGCUAGAACAGACUUGUACUACUGAUUUAACAUAAACAUACGAAAAAACAAAAAAAAGAGUCUGUAUAAGAUGGUGUCUACAGAGAGGAGAAAUGGUUCACAGUAAUACCUCUUCCGAUCUAAGAGGACGAUGAAAACGUUUUUUUUAUAUUUAUAAAAUGCCCCCCAUACACCCUUAUUGGUGUUGGCGUGGGAAGAGGACGUUUUUUCAACGAUCAUUGUAACAUAGACCUUUUUUUUGCCGUGGAUCAUCCAUUCUUUAUGCUGUGGUCUUCUUAGAACUCUGCUUCCAGAGUCGUGCUACAUCCGCUUAGUGGUGGGGGUGCGGCUGCAGCCCGACAGCACGCCGUGCCAGAACAUGAAUGUAAUGUCCCUUCCCAGUGGGAGACAGUCACGCCCCCACAGGUAGAUAAAAAAUACUAGAAAGGAAUUAUUUCAAUUUUAUCUUUUUGUAUAUUAAAGUAAACAAUAAAAUACUAUUAAAGUAC